AUGAAAACUAAGAUAGUGUCUUUAUUUCUAAAAAGAGAACAUCUAAUAUUACUAUCGAAAAUGUUACAAAUUACUGACAAUUCAACUGAAUAAGAGACACUAAUUUUUAAAAUUGAUUCACAAAACUAAAAAUCUGAAAAUAGAAUUCUAAAAACAGAAAGAUGGCCUUAAUAGGAUUUAGACUACUUUUAGAAUAGUUUUCUAUAAAUAGCAAACUUGAGUUUUUCUUAUUUCAAAUUUCACUUCCCAGCAAAUUCAGCUCUAUAAAUAAAGGAACAUAUAAAAUUUAUUCAUGUUGUAAAAUAAAUAAAUUUUGGAGGAGUAACAAUCGAAGAAGUAUUUAAACAAUAACGAGUAAACUAUUAUUGUUAUAGUAGACUCGUCUCAAUUUAGAAAUAUCCAAAAUUACUAAAUCUAUAAAACUUAUAGAUGAACCUAUUACGUCAAAACUUAUGAAUACUAAAAUAGAUCUAUCUUCAAUUUAAACCAUUUAAGAUAAAUAUUUCUUUCCUAAAAAUAAUGAUUUCAUGACACCUUACUUAAUUCUUAAUUUAAAACCACACAUACCAAAAACAACCAUAAGGUAUUAAAAUAAAGAACUCUAAUAAAGUAUUACAAGUUUAGAAGAUAUUCCACCUUUUUAAUUUAUGAAUUCUAAUCUCAUAUAACCAAUUCUCAAUUAUGAAUCUUUAAAAAAUAGCUAUGAAUAUAAAUUUAAUAAACUUAUGUAAAGGAAUUCACUGGUCUAAUAUACAAUUAGAAGAUAUUAAAAUAAAAUUAAAUAAUAUGAAAUCAAAUCUCAAGAUGAUCAUAUAGAUGAUCCCCUUAUAGAAAUCAAAAUAAUGUUUUGUUCUUAAAUUAAAUAAUUAUGUGAAAAUAAAAUAAAUCAAAGCCUCAUUGAUUCUAAUCUUAAAUUUCUAAAUACGCCCAGCAUUGAGAAUUCUUCUCUAAAAAUUACUCCAUUUUAAACUAUUAAAGAUUUGGAGUCUGUAAUAUUUAAUCAAAUUAAAGAAAAAUAAUAAUCUUAAGAAAUUAUUCCCUCUCAAAAUAUUAAUGAAGAAUAAAAUAAAACUAAACCUUUUGAUUUUGCAUAAAAUACUAAUUUAUUAUCUCUAAAUAUUUCUUAAAAGUAUCUUAAAGACUCAACAAUAACUAAUUUUGAAUCAUAAAACAAUUAUUAAAUAUUAGAUAAUGAAUCUACUAAUAAAUUAGAAUAAAGAUUAAUUAAACCAUCUUUAUAAUCAUUAGAUUUAAAGUAAACUGAAUUAUUAAAUUAAAGUAGUGGUAGAUAUCAAAGAAAAAUUUAUCAUUUAAAAAUUCAAGAAAAAUAUGAUAAAUCAUAGUCAAAUCAUAAAUUUUUAAAUAUUCCACAUCAAACUAUGGAACCUCCUAUUUCAUAAAUAGAAUUCUAAAACAAAGAUAAUUAAAAAGCUAUUUUAACAAAUAGAAAUCUUUAAUAAAAAUCUUUAGAUAGAAUAACUUUAAAGCCAUUAGCUUAUUAAUCUGCAAAAUUGAAAGAAAUUAGAGAUUCAAACAGAGAUAAAAAUGAAUCAUCCUUUCCCUAUAUAAAAGAAUCACUACCUAAUAUUGGUUUUACUAUGAAUGAUUCUGAACAUGAAAAAUUGAAGGAGUGUGAAGCAAAAUUUUCUUCAUAAGGUGGCUUAUUAAAAUGUAUUCAAAAAAAUGAAAAAGAAGAAAAUUCUGUUAAGGAAAUUUUAUUAUUCUAAAAAAAAAAUUGUAAUUUGAGAAAUUAAUUGUAAAAUUAACUAAUUUUAUUAACUCGUUCUGAACAAAUCUUAACUACUUUGAUGUCAAAUGGAUAAAUUAGAGGAACAGAGCUUUAUUAAUAAUUGUUAUAACCAAUAAAAAUUCAUUCAAGUGCAAAAUUUUUAACUCCAAAAAGUAACAAUCUAAUUUCUAGAACAAAAUUUAAAAAAAUACAACAAGAUGGCAAGAUGUUCAGCCUUAAAUGA